CUCUGGAGUGACCAUGCGUGCGGUAACCAUACUCCUCGCCGUUUGUUUGCUUCAUUGGACUCGGGCAUGUGAGCCUGACCAGAUUCACAAUGGCUGCCGGCUGACUGGAUCCACAUGCUCCUGCGGCUAUGGCUGUAAGAACGAAUACAUUUACAAGUCAAGAGCGGCGUGCCUUAAUGCACUGAGAGAACGCAAUUCAAACGCUUGCUAUAGGAUGCCUUGUAUGCGGGGUAUUUGCACCCAGACCGCUUUGGAUCCUGGCUUCGCUUGCAAGUGCGAAAAUACAGGCUUCUAUGGUCAAAGAUGCGAAAAAGCAUGUCCGACUGUGCCGAUGCGGGGCCUGGUUUAUCCACACGAAUGUAUUGUGAUUUGAAACGAACACGAAGAAGCCAUGUCGUCACUAUACGAGUAUUUAUUUAAGUAGACAGUUUUUUUUAUAAUAUUGAUAGGAUAUAAUUUAAUUGUGAACUAUUUUGAAACCGACGUAUUAUUUACUGUUUAAGUGGGUACUUAGCUUGUAUUGA